AACUAUCUUCUCAACGCUAUUUCCGUACGCCAUAUCGCUUUGCUGCUGCAGCACAAAUUGCAACAAUGGCGCUUUCACUGUCUUACGCUGUAGCCCCAAAGCCCACGCAGUCGAUAAUGGCCAUGAAAUAUCAAUCGCCACUGACGACGUCUCGCUGUCGGAAGCUUAACCGUCAUUGUUCGUAUGGAAUUACCGUUCUUAAUUCAGUUGCCGGAAAGUCCGCCGCCGCCGCCGCUGCUUCGGUCUCUUGCAAAUUACAUGAGAGUACAGAUUUUGCAGUUCCAAGAAGAACCAUGAUGGCGUUGAUCCUAUCAGGUUUCGUAUAUUCACAUAAUGCAGCAAUUGCACAAUCUGUUGGGUUCAGGGAAUACAUAGACACCUUCGAUGGGUACUCAUUUAAGUAUCCUCAGAACUGGAUUCAAGUGCGUGGUGCUGGUGCCGAUAUAUUCUUCAGGGACCCCUAUGUUCUCGAUGAAAAUAUUUCAGUCGACAUAUCUUCACCCUCAUCCUCAAAUUACAAAAGCGUGGAAGAUUUAGGCACACCGGAAGAAGCUGGGAUGAAAGUAAUGAAGCAGUAUUUAACCGAGUUUAUGUCUACUCGGCUUGGCGUUAGGCGUGAAUCAAGUAUUCUUUCCACUUCAUCGAAAGUAGGCAGUGAUGGAAGGCUAUACUAUGAAGUUGAGGUGAACAUCAAGUCAUACGCAAGCAACAACGAAUUGGCAGUGAUGCCAGAGGACCGAGUGGUUAGUCUAGAAUGGGAUCGGCGCUACCUUUCAGUUCUUGGAGUGGAGAACAAUCGGUUAUAUGAGUUAAGGUUGCAAACACCGGAGAGAUCGUUUGCAGAAGAGGAAAGUGACCUUCGCGAGGUAAUGAAUUCUUUUCAGGUUAACGAAGUUAGUGUCUAAAAGGCUCUGUUUCUUUUGUCAUAAUAUAUAAUUAAUCAUACAUUUUUCUAUCGAUUAAACUUUUAUGUGAGAUUCAUAUAGUCUCCUCCACUGUAUUUUGUUGCUCAGCUGUUCGUAAAUACUCUUUGGAGGAUGCUUUUCUUGCAAUAGAAAUCUUUUGUAUGAAAGAAAAUGA